AUGUCCAAGAACGUCUUUGCCGUUCAGGUCUUCUUCAUCGUCUUCAGGGAGUGCUUGGAAGCGGUCAUCAUCAUCUCCGUCCUCUUAUCCUUCCUCAAGCAAUGUCUUGGAGGGCCAGGCCAGGACCAGGCCAUCUAUAAGCGCCUUGUUAGGCAAGUAUGGCUUGGUUCCCUGGCAGGUAUCAUCAUCUGCCUCAUCAUCGGCGGUGCCUUCAUUGGAGUGUUCUAUGGUCUGGGAAAGGACAUCUGGUCAAAGUCUGAAGACCUUUGGGAGGGCAUCUUCUACCUCAUUGCCACCAUCAUCAUCUCCUUCAUGGGCCUUGCGCUGCUGCGAAUCAACAAGAUGAAGGACAAGUGGCGCGUCAAGAUUGCCCAGGCUUUGGCUGAAAAGUCGGCUCAGUCUACCAAAUCGACCACCUGGCUCGGCGACUGGUCACGGAGACACGUCAUGUUCCUGCUCCCAUUCAUCACGACGCUGCGUGAAGGUGUCGAAGCGGUCGUCUUCGUCGGCGGUGUCUCUCUCAGCUUGCCGGCCACGGCCUUCCCCCUGCCCGUCAUCUGCGGCAUCAUCGCCGGUCUCGCCGUCGGCUUUUUCAUCUACCGCGGUGGUAACUUGAUGUCCAUCCAGAUCUUCCUCAUCGCCUCCACGAGCGUUCUGUAUCUGAUUGCCGCCGGCAUGUUCUCCAAGUCUGUUUGGAGCUUGCAAUACCACACCUUUGCUCAGCGUGUGGGAGGCGACGUUGCUGAAGAAGGCGAUGGCCCCGGCUCAUACGACAUCACCGAGACCGUCUGGCAUGUCAACUGCUGCAACCCCGAAACCGACAACGGCUGGGACGUUUUCAACUCGAUCCUUGGCUGGCAAAAUACGGCCACAUAUGGGUCCGUCAUCUCAUACAAUGUGUACUGGGCAUGCUUGGUCUUGACUGUCUCUUGUCUCAUGUAUGAAGAAAAGACGGGGUCGCUGCCCCUGAAGAACCAGUUCUUGAGCUUCAUGUCCAAGAUUCCAGGUUUUGGUGGAUGGGUUGCAAAGAAGCGUGCGAAGCAGAACAUUAACGAGCAUGAAGUGUUGCGACAGGUGCAGGCGGCUGGGCUGCUCAGGGAGUAG